CCGCUGGCAGGAGAGGGGAUGCUAUUUUAGGCAGUGUGUCUGGACUUGGCCCAAGUGGCACGGGCCAAACCCCUGCCCCACUGACCUCUCCCCUGGAGGAGCAGAGCAAAGCAGCGCGUGGGGCCACCCCAAGGGGGGCCGAGAGGCGGGCUCUAGGCUAGGGACACAGGGACAGUGGCGUCCCAGCCGGUGGUGCAGCCAGAGCCCGGGCCAGUCAUGGAAGAACAAGACCAAGACCUCCUGUAACUCAGAAGCCGCCAGGGUGGAUGCUGAGGAACAUAAGGCCUUUCAGUAGACAUCUAAAAAUCUCAAAGACGGAACAUGGCUCAAAGAGAUAAGAAGAGGCGCUCCAAGAUGGUCUCAUCGCCCACGGUAAUCACAAGGAUGCAAGCAAUCAUGCAGAAGGAGAUGGUGCGAGAGUUCCUGGCCGAGUUCAUGAGCACGUAUGUCAUGAUGGUGUUUGGCCUCGGCUCCGUGGCCCAUAUGGUUCUAGGAGGUAAAUUUGGGAGCUUCCUCGGUGUCAACUUGGGUUUUGGCUUCGGAGUCACCAUGGGAGUGCACAUGGCAGGGAACAUCUCUGGGGCCCACAUGAAUGCAGCCUUGACCUUCACCAACUGUGCACUAGGCCGCAUGUCAUGGAAGAAGUUUCCUGUGUACAUCCUGGGUCAGUUUCUGGGUUCCUUCCUGGCUGCUGCCACCAUCUACUGCCUCUUCUACUCAGCCAUUAUCGAAUUUUCGGGCGGACGUCUGACAGUGACUGGCCCCAUAGCCACCGCUAGCAUUUUUGCCACCUACCUUCCUGACCACUCAACGCUGUGGAGGGGCUUCCUGGAUGAGGUGCUGGUGACAGGGUUGCUCCAGCUAUGUCUCUUCGCCAUCACGGACAAGGAGAACAACCCAGCACUGCAAGGGACGCAGGCCCUGGUGAUUGGCAUCCUCGUUGUUGUCAUUGGCAUAUCCCUGGGCAUGAAUACAGGAUAUGCCAUGAACCCAUCCCGGGACCUGCCCCCGCGCUUCUUCACUUACAUUGCUGGCUGGGGUAUACAGGUCUUCAGGGCCCGGGACUGGUGGUGGGUGCCGGUGGUGGCACCGUUCCUAGGUGCCUACUUAGGUGGCAUCAUCUACUUGGUCUUCAUUGGCUCCACCAUCACACGGAGGCCGCACAUAUUGGAGGACUCCAUGAUGUCUGAAGACCACAGAAUACCUGUGUUGCCCAACACCAUGCCAAACCCAGCCAUGACGUCUCCCCUCACCCCUGUUUCUGUGUCUCCCACAGUCCAAACUGUCCCCCCAUUAAGUGACCCCAUCCUCCUAGAGCAAUUCUAAGAAAGAUUAUUUGUGACCCUAUCCCCCCACUCCAAUAAAGAAAGCCUUGUCCAACACAGUGGCACCCCCACUUCCUGGGUGCCUCCUGUGGUUGGGCUUCCCUAC